AUGAUCACCCAAACUCUAACUCAUGAUCAAGACCUCAUCAAUGUAGCAUUUGAGGGCUACAAACUAAAGACUUUUCCCGAAGAAACACGUUUAUCUCGCACACCCAUACCAGGAGAUCCUCUCCAAGUAACCCAGCACUCUAGCCAAACCCGUAUCGGAUUCCGUGAAUUGCAGGCGCGUGUACGAUUCAGUCAUUUGGCUGAUGGCUAUCCAAUCAAUGACCAAACAGGAACAGCAUUCUAUGUUGACACAGAGUAUAAUGUAGUAAUGGUUGUUUAUGACAAGUCAAGCCAAGAAACUAAAUUUCACAUUAUUGGACAACUCACUCGUCCAUUGAACAAUGUGCCUAGCUAUGUCGAGCCUGAAAUUACCGUUCCUCUCGAUCCUCAUUAUCCCUCAUUGAUCGCAAUCGGACAAAACCUCCUUGUGGCUGCCAAUGGCGUUGGUGAUCUCGAGAUCAUUUGUAUCAACCAGUCCGCAAAUGGCACUUUUAGUGGUUGCUCGGUUCUGUCUGGACAUUAUGAAGGAGAGGGUAACGAAGGCGUCUCGCCUGUUCCAUUUGGACUCUUGGCUGCCAGACGUGUCGAGGACAGAAUUGUGGCAGUAGUCUAUAGCCGUGUGGCCGAGGUCGCGAGCAAGUUCAAUAUCGCAACAGUCGAGAUGAAUGUUCCGACUGGAAACUACACCUCGACUCAGCACGAGAUUCUCAAGGUGCUGCAUGUCCAGAGAGGACCAGAGGUUCCUGUAUAUGUUGCGAUCACAAAGGACGGCAACCACUGUAUUCUUGGCAGUGAAUCGAGUUAUGAGAAUAUUCACGAAGAGCCAAAGACAAUGAUAAUUGACAGUGAUGAAGAGGAAAAAGAGGAUAGUAAUCAGAACAAUGAUGAACAACCAAAAAAGGCACCUUAUGAGUGGACUCAGGAUGGCUCAGAUAUCACGAUCCAAUUCACAAUUCCCCAAAACACACCAAAGAGCGCAAUCGCCUGCAAUUUGACACACCAGCACCUCAGUUUGGUGGUGCAGGCCGAGGAUGUCAAUCUGUCGUUUCCGUACAACAAGCUCUGGGGGCCGAUUAGUGUCCAAGACAGCACCUGGACAAUUGACCGAGCCAAGGGAGUCCUGAGCAUUUUCCUGACCAAGCAAGAUGAACAUGCCAGAUGGCCGCAUGUGUUUGAUAUGGAUGACCAGGUCCUGGAGUCUGUUGAGAAAGAGCGGCUGGCUGAGAUGACGGCCCGUCUUGCCAAAUUCACGACCGAUUAUCCUGAAUCGCAAUCUCAACAGCCAGAGAUUGCCAGCCACCCGGCCGCGACUGAUAUGGAUGAGGAUGUUGAUGAGGCGGGCCAGCCGAUUCAUUUUCUGGUCUAUAACCGGUUCGGCCACCUGGUUGAGGAAAUAUUUUCUGGUGGGCGUGAGUGGUUGAGCAACGGGUUCCGGGAUCCGGACAACAAGAAUGGGUUGGCCUCGGUUGGGGUCAAGAUGGAUGUGGAUGGACUGGUGUUUGGAUUUGAAGAAAAGAGGGAUGGCGUUGCGACGACGAUCGAGGGUGUGCACAGGGCUACGUUUAGCGCGUUUGCAUUUGUCCAGGCGUCCAAACGAGACAGCCGGUUCGUACGUCAUGAUCCGUACAACAAUUUUGCUGUGAUUGUGGAAAGCAGCCGGAACGCGUACAUCUACCAUCGAACAGGCACACGCGUCAAUACAGAGGCACAGACCCUGAUUGAUCUUACACAGGGGCAUGACACCAGUGUUCUGGGUGUUCAAUUGAUUCUCAAGAAUGUGUUGAUGGUUCUUACCGAGACUGAGGUUAUUACACUCAUUCUUGAUUGA